AUGGGCUCGUUGAAAGUAGCGGAAGGUGCAAGGUGCAAGGUUGGUGGUGGUCCCAGAGCUUCGUACCGUGGGGUAUGGCAGAGUGAAAUGGUAGCAACGGGAAACUUGAUGCCUCGCGUCAUUGGCAAGUCUGCUGGAACCUCAACACAUGAACCAUCCAUCGGGGCCUGGCAAGCGAAACUCAUCGCCAGCGAAUGCGUUGAACGCGGGAAUCAUCGGGACCUAAUGCUAAGAUGGGCAACGAAACCUGUGUUUAAGGUAAAAACGAAUGGUCAACAGAUGUCCAAAAAGAAAGGCAAUCAUGAGGCAAAGUUAGCAAAGCGCAAGCAGGCAAAUGACGUGAAAAGUGUUGAACAAGUAAGGUCGAACAGCGGAAAAGGAAAAGUUGAAGGCACAGUUCAAACUGAACAAGAACCUAUCGAAAGGAAACAGAACGUGGUGGAUAUAACAGGCGGAAAUCGUGCAAGAAAAGGUGAUGAUAAAAAGAGGAAAAAAAAGAAACUGGAGGUCAACGAGGAGGUCCCAAGAAAGAAGCUGAAGAAAUCUAAACCAAACCAGGACGUGUUUGAUGGCGCAGUGCCGAGUGUUGCAAAAGUGGAAAAGCCCCAGGAGAGCAGAAACAAGUCCGAUCCAAAAAUGAAAAAAGAAGUACCUGCUCAGAGUAAACAACGGGACUCGUCAGGUGAGUCCAGCGAGCAACAACAACAGCAGCAACAGCAAGUUCCAAAUGCGGCGCAUUCCUUGGUUGAAGAAAAAGAAGAGGGUAACAAUUCAGUUCAACAGUCGCCACUGAAACAGGCUCAAGCUGGAGGCUCGCUGGCCUCUUCUGAAGCUUCAUCUCACGACUUUAACAAAGUCAUAGACGAGGACCAUCUCGUGUCCAUCACUGCACAAAAAUCCAACGAAUGGUUUGAGCAAAAUUCUGCAUCACCGACGAAAACCAAGUCUAGACCCUUUUUAGCCGAAGAGAACGCAAUCAUCGACUACUACCUUGCAGGCGUGUGCCAUUUCAGGAAUUGGAAUCGCGACCAAUUGUGUCGGCGAAUAUGGAACGAUGAACGUGUAACUGAUAACUUCUGGAUCGAUGUCCGCAAGGCGUUUCCCUAUCGAUCAAACUCCAGCAUCUACAAACACAUCAGGAGGAAAUACCACAUAUUUGACGCGAGAGGCAAAUGGACCAAAGACGAAGACGCGCAAUUACUGAAUUUGGCCAUUGUAAAUCCGAGCCAAUGGAAAAAAAUUGGCGAAAUCAUGGGCAGGAUGCCCGAGGACUGUCGAGAUCGAUGGAGAAAUUAUCUCAAGUGUGGCGAUGCCAGGAAAUCGCAGCGGUGGUCGCGCGACGAAGAAGAGCGGUUGGUUGACGCAGUAAAUGAAAUAAUACAGGAUUUGAGAGAGCUUGGCGAUAGUUCACCAUUGAGUGCGGAAAAAGUCAAUUGGACAAUUGUGAGUGAAAAAAUGGAUGGACAAAGGUCACGAUUACAGUGCCGAGACAAGUGGCUGCUGCUCAAUGAGACAGCGAGUAGGAUCCAUCCACCGCGUAUGGGCCACUUGGACAAACUCUGGCUUUUGAAGAGAUUAAAAAAGAAGAAUUAUUCCUCGGCCGAUGAUAUCCAAUGGGGGAAGCUAAUGAGGAAAUAUGCAAAUGAUAUCGGCGACAAACCUGGCUGGCAAAUGCAGGACUUUCAGAAUUAUCUCAGAGACGAGGUGUUACCGCUUGGUGAUCAGAAUAAUACCAAUGGUAAGGAAUCGUCGAAAAUGAAAUUCCAAAAGAUUGUGAAACAGAACCUUGAUGAGUCAACGUCCAAAACUUAA